AGAGAGAACAACAAAUAUCAUAACAUGUUCAUUGGUAAUCAAAGAAGAUAUAACCAUGAAGAACUCACUUUAUGAUUAUUUAGAGUUUAUAAAUUAUAUUAAUCUCAUAGAUAUAUAUGAUACAUUCUCUAUAUUCUUAAAAUCUAGCGAUUUACAUACUGUUUCAAAUGAGCUUUUUGUUAAGAUUGUAUACAAAUCAAAGAAUCUAAAGAAUGUUACUUUAACCGUAUUAGGGUUGAAGAAAGUAUCAUAUGAAGCAGUAAUUGAAACUCUCAAGAGGAAACCAUUGAAACUACUUCGCAUUCUACCAAUACUAUUCGAUGAUGACAUAAUUGAAUCAUACAUCACUUCAGAAAUAAUGAUCAGAGAAUUAAUCAAUGAAUGUAACAUAGAUAUAUUAUGGAUCGAAGAACCACUAAACAUUCAAAGUACAAAUAUCAUGAAACUAGGAGUCAAUAAUCGAAGUAGGGAUUAUCAGUGGAUUCAGUAA